UUGAGUACGGGUACCCGCAAAGCACUGGUGCAAUAACUGAAACUGGAAUGAUGCAAUCCACUAUCGGUGUUGACGACAAUUCAAAAAUAAGUAUAAAGGAUAUGACGACACAGGAAACCAGCUCAAAAGAAAUCAGCACGACACAAGAACUAAAUCCAGAAGAAGGAAUCACUACACAGGAACCUAAUGCAGAAGAAAUAACCAUGUCAAUGGAACCGAACUAUGAAGAAAACAUAACGACACAAGCACCAAACCCAGCUGAAUCAACCAUAACAGAAGAAAUGAACGUUGGAGAUGGAAGCACCACACUAGAUUACAACUCAGAAGAUGGUAUCACAUCAAAAGAACAGGCUUCUGAAAUUAGUAGCACGACCAAACGACGAACCUCAGAUGAAAUAAUCACAACACACACACCAGAAUCAGAAGAAAAACCAACGACACAAGAAAUAAAUUCAGAUGAAGGAACCACGACACAAGAACCUUCAGGCGAUGCGAGUGUGACCUCUGCACAUUGCCUUUGUUCUCAAGUGUGUACACCAAAAUCAACGACAAAGAAUACAACAAUUGAAAAUCUACAGAAAGAACUAAUAAUCGAUAAGAAAACAUUUUCAUCUUACAAACGAUCUUUAAUAUGUAUCAAAGAUUUUAGAUCAUCGUCAAACGCCAUCGGAGGAUUUGCCAUUGUGAUUUUGUCUGUCGUGUUUGGAAUAUUAGUCCUUUCUGAUAUACUUCUUCUCUUUAGACGCAAAGCCAAUCUCAAUCAUAUAAUCUAAAUCGGAACACAAUAUCUGAACUCUUAAAUAUAACAUGAGUGAUAUGUUCUUAUAAAGACUGAUACAACAUUAUGAAAAAAAAGACACAAUAAUUCAGCCGAAGGAAUUUAUUUUUU